AUGGCGACGACUUCGUCCAUGUUCAUGUAUGCUUUGACGAUUCAGCCACCGACCUCGAUAACGCAAGCGAUGCUUGGGCAAUUUUCUGGAACCAAGGAGCAGCAAAUUCUCACAGCAUGUGGCUCACGGCUGACGCUUUACCGCCCCGAUUCCACACAGGGGAAGCUAUAUACGAUUCUCGCACACGAUGUCUUCGGCAUUAUUCGGUCUCUCUCAGCGUUUCGCUUAGCGGGAAGCAAUAAGGACUACAUUAUCAUCGCAUCGGAUUCGGGAAGAAUCACCAUCAUCGAAUAUUUGCCCGCGAAGAAUAAAUUCCACCGAAUACAUCUCGAGACCUUCGGGAAGUCUGGAGUGCGGAGGGUUAUUCCGGGACAGUACCUUGCCAGCGACCCGAAAGGCAGAGCCUGUAUCAUCGCCUCAGUGGAAAAGAACAAGCUCGUCUACGUUCUCAAUCGCAAUGCGCAAGCGGAGCUGACGAUUUCCUCCCCACUGGAAGCACACAAACCACAAACGUUGGUGUUUGCUCUAAUAGGCCUGGAUGUCGGAUAUGACAAUCCGGUCUUUGCUGCGCUGGAAAUCGACUAUUCCGAUUCGGAUCAAGACCCGACUGGUCAAGCUUUUGAAGAUGUGGAAAAGCAACUGAUCUACUAUGAACUCGACCUUGGCCUCAAUCAUGUCGUCAGGAAGUGGGCGGACACAGUUGACCGGACGGCAUCUAUGCUUUUCCAAGUUCCUGGGGGUGCCGAUGGACCUAGCGGAGUUUUGGUGUGCGGUGAGGAGAACAUUACCUAUAGACAUUCUACCCAAGACGCCUUCCGGGUGGCGAUUCCAAGGCGAAAAGCCAUGACAGAAGACCCAGACAGAAAGCGAUAUAUCACUGCCGGCGUAAUGCAUCGGAUGAGGGGAGCAUUCUUUUUCCUUCUUCAGACCGAAGACGGCGACCUUUUCAAGGUCACCAUUGACAUGGUCGAGGACGAGGAGGAGAAUGCAACGGGCGAAGUCAGGGCCCUGAAAAUCAAGUAUUUCGACACGGUGCCCGUGGCCACCAAUCUGCUCAUCCUCAAGAGCGGGUUUCUGUUUGUCGCUUCGGAGAACGGCGACCACCACUUCUACCAGUUCGAAAAGUUGGGCGAUGACGACAAUGAGACGGAGUUUACGAGCGACCAAUUUCCAGCGGACCCAAUGGAAUCAUAUCAGCCGGUAUACUUCCAUCCGCGAUCCUACGAGAACGUGGCAUUGGUCGAGAGCAUCGAUUCCAUGAACCCCAUUAUGGAAAGCAAGGUUCUCAACUUAACUGACGAGGAUGCUCCGCAAAUCUAUGCCGUAUGCGGAACUGGCGCUCGUAGCUCCUUCAAAACCCUUCGGCAUGGUCUCGAGGUCUCUGAGAUCGUUGAGUCCGAACUCCCUUCCGUUCCAUCCGCGGUAUGGACGACGAAGAUCAAGCGCUCCGAUGAGUAUGAUUCGUAUAUCAUAUUAUCAUUCGCCAACGGGACCCUUGUCCUCUCCAUUGGUGAGACCGUCGAAGAGGUGACGGACACCGGGUUUCUCUCGUCUGCGCCAACGCUUGCCGUCCAGCAGUUGGGCGAAGAUGCCCUCAUUCAAGUCCAUCCCAAAGGAAUCAGGCACAUCCAGGCAGGCGGACGUGUCAACGAAUGGCCUGCACCGCAGCAUCGGUCCAUCGUUGCCGCAACCACCAACGAGCGCCAGGUUGCAAUCGCGCUGAGUUCCGGCGAGAUCGUAUACUUCGAAAUGGAUUCAGAUGGAUCGUUGGCGGAGUAUGACGAAAAGCGAGAGAUGAGUGGUACUGUCACUUGCCUUAGUCUCGGCGAGAUCCCUGAGGGAAGAGUACGCAGCUCAUUCUUGGCGGUUGGAUGUGACGAUUCUACCGUGCGGAUUCUCAGCCUCGACCCCGAUUCCACCCUGGAGAACAAGUCAGUGCAAGCCUUGACAUCCGCACCGUCAGCCUUGCGGAUCAUGGCUAUGCCGGAUUCGUCAUCCGGCGGGAAGACACUGUACUUGCACAUUGGACUUUACUCCGGUGUUUACCUUCGAACGGUUCUGGAUGAUCUCACAGGCGAUUUGUCCGAUACUCGGACCCGUUUCUUAGGCCCCAAGCCAGUGAGGCUAUUCACUGUCUCAGUCAAGGGCGAAGUAGCCGUGCUGGCAUUAAGUAGUCGACCGUGGCUUGGAUAUGCGGACGCUGUGACGAAGGCGUUCACUCUUACUCCUCUCAACUAUGUGCCUCUUGAGUGGGGUUGGAGCUUUUCGAGCGAACAGUGCGUCGAAGGCAUGGUUGGGAUCCAAGGGCAAAAUUUACGGAUAUUCACGAUCGAGAAACUCACGAACAACCUGCUGCAGGAAUCCAUACCUCUCACUUACACGCCGAGGAGUUUCCUCCGGCAUCCUGAAGAACCGCUUUUCUAUGUCAUCGAAUCGGACAGUAAAGUUCUUCCCCCAGCCGUCCAGCAGCAGCUUCAAGAUAAGCCUGGCGUUGUCAAUGGCGAUUCGACUGUCCUCCCGCCCGAGCAAUUCGGGCAUCCUCAUGGGACGCAGUACUGGUCAUCUUGCAUUCAGAUCGUAGACCCUGUUACCGAAAAGGCGGUGGUUUUCUCACUACAACUCGAGGAUAACGAAGCUGCCGUUUCCAUGGCCACCGUCCCAUUCACAAGUCAAGAUGACGAGACGUUUCUCCUCGUUGGCACAGGGAAAGAUAUGGUCGUCAAUCCGCGGUCAAGCACAUGUGGCUUCAUUCACGUCUACCGAUUCCAAGAUGGCGGCAAAACCCUAGAAUUCAUCCAUAAGACCAAGAUGGAACUACCACCCUUAGCUUUGCGUGCUUUCCAGGGCCGACUGCUAGCAGGCAUUGGCACCGAACUUCGGGUCUAUGACCUUGGGAUGCGUCAGCUGCUCCGAAAGACACAAGCCAAUGUGGUCCCCAAUCUCCUAAUUAGCCUUCAAACGCAGGGGUCGCGAAUCAUUUGCGGUGAUGUCCAGGAGUCCGUGACAUAUGCUGUUUACAAAUUCAGUGAAAAUCGGAUCAUUCCAUUUGCAGAUGAUGCGAUGGCCCGAUGGACGACAAGCACUGCCAUGGUUGAUUAUGAAACGGUUGCUGGAGGCGAUAAAUUUGGCAACUUGUGGUUGGUGCGGUGUCCGCAAAAGGUGUCCGAAGAAGCCGAUGAAGAGGGUGCUGCGCAUCUUAUUCAUGAACGCUCAUACCUGCAAGGAGCUCCGAACCGGUUAGAGCCUAUGAUCCAUUACUAUUGUCAGGACAUUGUGACAUCGAUCCAGAAGACGAGCCUUGUUGCUGGUGGCCGUGAUGUCCUCUUUUGGUCUGGACUCCAGGGUACGCUUGGGAUGCUCGUCCCGUUCAUGAGUCGCGAGGAUGUGGAUUUCUUCCAAAAUCUGGAACAUCACCUCCGAAAUGAUGAUGCGCCGCUUGCAGGACGGGAUCACUUGAUUUUUAGGAGUUAUUACGUCCCGGUGAAGGGCGUCAUUGACGGGGAUCUCUGCGAGCGGUUCCUGGUGUUGGAUCGACCGGCCAAGGAAAAGAUUGCUGGGGAGUUGGACCGAAGUGUGCGUGAGGUUGAGCGAAAGAUUUCGGACAUGCGAACUCGUGUAGCAUACUAG